AGAGCCAUCGGAACCGUAGAGAUGGACGAUCUGAAGAAAGAGAUAGAGGCGAAGCGGCAGAGGCUGGCGGAGGAGACCGGCGGCAAGAAGCGGUACUUUAACCGCGCCGAGAUGGAGAAGAAGCAAAUCCAGAAGAAGCGGGAGGAGGAGAAGCGCGAGUUAGAAGCCAAGCUCAAAGCCAAGCGCCAGUCCGCCGCCUCCGAAGCCGCCGCGACCGGUGGCGACGCUUCGAGUUCUAAGUCGAACACCAACGCCGCCGCGACCACGACCUCCGCGGCGCCGUCCUCGGUUUCAAAAGCUCUGACCGACGAGGAGAAGAUCGACAUGAUUAACAUCCCUAGGCCGGAGGUGAUCCGCCGGCUGAGGAUCCUGAAGCAGCCGAUCACUCUGUUCGGCGAGGACGACGACGCGAGGCUCGACCGGCUGAAGCACGUGUUGAAGACCGGAAUGUUCGAGGUCGACUCCGACAUGACGGAGGGGCAGACGAACGAUUUUCUCCGGGAUAUCGCCGAGCUGAGGAAGCGGCAGAAGUCGGGGAUUGUGAGUGACCGGAAGAGGAAGAAUUCCGAGGUGGUUGACGGCGUGGUGGAGGACGGCGAGGGUGGGGUGAGGGAGGAUGAGCUUGACGGCGACGGAGGGUCGAGCGGAGCUGAUGUUGAGAGGGACACGAAGCUGAUGAAGACCAAUUUCGAUCAGUUGUGUGAUGAAGAUAAGAUUUUGGUGUUCUUUAAGAGGCUGCUGAGUGAGUGGAAACAGGAGCUGGGGCAGAUGACGGCGGCGGAGAGGCGAGCCGGGAAGAAAAUUGCUACAUUGAAUCAAUGUGCUCGCUACUUGCAUCCCUUGUUCAAGUUUUGCAGGAAGAAGGUUCUUCCAGAUGAUAUUCGCCGAGCAUUGAUGGUGGUGGUUGAUUGCUGCAUGAAGCGAGACUACCUAGCUGCAAUGGACCAGUACAUUAAGAUGGCUAUUGGGAAUGCACCAUGGCCAAUUGGUGUCACUAUGGUUGGUAUCCACGAACGUUCAGCUCGUGAGAAGAUUUACACCAACAGUGUGGCUCACAUUAUGAAUGAUGAAACAACUCGAAAAUACUUGCAGUCUGUGAAAAGAUUGAUGACCUUUUGUCAGCGACGCUACCCUACUAUGCCGUCUAAAGCUGUCGAGUUCAACAGCUUGGCUAAUGGUAGUGACCUGCAGUCUCUGCUACAAAUGGAGACUGACUCUGGCAGUAGUCAAGUCUUUGAGGAGAGGCUUCGGUUAAUGCCUGCUCCUUAGCAUUUGUAAUAGUGUUUGAAAUAGCCGAUGUAAUGAAAUUCUGUGGAAUGAUAAAGUUCUCCUUCUCUGAUCUGUGGAAUGCUGUGUUUCUCCAAUUAAAGAUUAGCUAUGAUCUUGUGA